AUGGAGCUACCUGCCAGUCUGUGCUUUGCGACGCCUCUGAUGAUAAUCCGACUUUGGCGUUUCAAUUACCAGGGUACCGGAUUCGGCUUGUUCUAUUAUUACCUCGUCCUAUUCUAUACCGACUUUCUUUCCAACAUCAAUAGGUCUGUGGCUCCGUUGUCUCCCAGGCUUCGGUUAAGCUUGUACGAACUGACUGAUUCGCGUCUUCAAGACUUCUCUUUAUCGACAAUUGCAAUCCCAACGGCAUCUGCCUCGAUAUUCACAAACACGAUACCCAUUUCUAACGGUCAAGUCACCACCGUCACAAUCACAUAUGCGCCCGCCGCCACGAGCUCAGCAGGUAACACCACUGCCAUCAGUUCUCCGAGCGAUACUCCCACAUCCGGCAAUAGUGGAGACUCUUCCAGCUCUGGCAGCUCUAUCAGCAGCAACGCACAAAAGAGCUCUUCUGGCCUCAGCACAGGCGCAAAGAUAGGUAUCGGCGUUGGUGCCGGAGUGGGCGGUCUCGCUAUUAUCGGAGGUAUAAUUGCCUUGAUCGUUUAUUGUUGUGCUCGCCGUCGACGAGAGACGACAGCAGUGGGAACAAAUAUUGUAUACGCGCCGGCAAACAAUGCUGAGGACGACAAAGCAGAUGCGCCAGUAGUGACUCCAAUAUAUCACGAACAUAAGCCCGAGCUAGAUUCGCAACAGCAAGAGCAGCGAUUACAGCAGCAGGUACACGAUCAACAACACAAUCCAGCUGGACUUGCAGCCCCAGUCUCACCCGUUAGUGACGAUCCGUCAUCGACAACGGGAAGGACGAGUGAAUUGCAUUCUGAAUCUCAGGGAUAUUACCAGUCCCCUGAUGGAGGUGCGCAGGAAUUGGGCGCUGUUUCAUCGUAUCAACAUCAUUAUCAGUAUCAUCUGGGUGUUGUGACGCAAGCAGAGAUGCCGGCUGAUCAGGGGCAGGGUCAUGGUAAUACAAGACAUGAGUUGCAAUGA